AUGAAUUCGUUUUGUGUGUUGAGUGUUUCAAUUGCUGAGUUUGACAAGCUCUGUGGAAAUAGUUUGACACAUACCUAUCCGAGAGAUGUUCAUUUAGAGAAAUAUUAUCCUACACUAAAUAUUGCAGACAAAUGCAUUCCAGACGGUGGACACAUCUAUUCCGAAGAUCAAACUGGUAUAAUACUCCCAAUUUCUGAAGAUAAAUCAGAAUUGAUACAAGCACUUCAGAAAUAUGUACCGUCAUUCAAAACAUCAACAACACCAUUAUCUCCCAAGACACCAAGUUUAACUGUUGGAAAUGAUAAUAUUCCAGUUAUUCAACAACCAGCGGGACAAUAUUUAUAUGGCAGCGUGCUUUUUAGAAACAAGCUUGAUGAUCGAGUGAAAAGAGGAGCUAUCCAAAAGAGUAUUUUAGUUGUGACCACAAAACCUUUAUUCACAUUAUUCACACCUCUGAUGCGGGAUGCAAUUGAAAGAAUAAUUAAUGCGGAGGAAGAAUAUAUACAGACUUCAGAUCCAACUGAACUCGAAAAGAAAGUCGAAAAGACAUAUGUAAUUUUGAAAGAAUUAUACGAAAGUUUAAAGGUUUCAAUUGACGUGGCUUCUUCCACUUUUACGAAGAAAUUAACUAUAACAUUUAACGACAAACAAUACGCGUUAAAGGUGCCAAAAUCCAAAGAAGAUACUUAUAACGGUGCUUCAUUGAUCGAUUUUAUCACAAUAUUCGAAAAACAUAUUUGUUACAUAUGGGAAGCAUUAUUGCUUUCACGAAGAAUUUUAUUUGUUGGAUCUCCUGCAAAAACUGUAACCAUGUGCUGUCUAUCAUGCCCUCUGCUCAUUCAACCUAUGAAAGGAAUUACAAAUAGAAUUUCUCCCUAUGUGACAAUAGGCGACCCAAAACUCAGCGAAAUAGUUUAUGUAUGUGGAAUGACAAAUCCUAUAUUGGAAAAUUCAAAAACUAGUUGGGAUUAUUAUGCAAGUAUUGCAGCAGGCAAAGUGCUAUACAAGAAACAGAAAAUGUCGUUGGUCGCCAAGUCAGAAUUUACAACAUUUAUUAAGCAAGUUUUAUCUGGAAUCAAAAAAGGGAAGAGUGAAAGCUGGGUGAGAGAACAAUUCAAUCAAUUCAACCUGAAUUUCCUCAAGACUGUGCCAACAUCGAAAAAAAAGAUAAUUUCUCAAGUAUUUAUUUACAGUAAUCUGUAUCGAAGAUUUUGUAGCUCCUCAAUGCCUGUUUCCCCUAUUACGCCUACAUCUCCAGGAGUUGACAUGUAUGGAAAUAGCAUGUAUAAUAACGUUAGGACUUUUGCAAAGGUUGGGUUGAACUUGGAUGGGUCUGAAUCGCCGUUGAAGGUCCUGUCACCCAAGCUAGUUAAAGAUAAGCACUCAAGAAGUAGUAGUGGAGAAUUAACAAAAAAAUCUCCUCGAAAAUCUGCCCUCAAAACAAUUUAUCGAAAGCUUAAUCCAUUUAUUUCGACAAAAGACGAAUCUUCUACUUUUUCACACAAAGAGUUAAUACCCUUGGUAAUAUCUGAUGUAGAAUUAGAGUUCCUUUGGCCCUAUAUAAUGCCCAACAGCGAAUCAAUGCUUGAUUGGUCAAUCACAGGACAUGUGACAUUGUACAAUAUGACGCUAUGCAUCAAGGAUGGCUUAAAUACGUUUUAUUCCAGGCAUAACGGACCUCUCAGUCACAGAUAUGAGAAAGUAUUGGCCAACAUUCAUUACGUGUUGGGACAGCUCUUUAAAGAAUCUGAUGGCACAAAUAUUAUAUAUUCUCAAGAACUGCUUGAAAGUUUGGAUAGAAAAACUCUUCAAGAGAGAGAAAAAUCUUUGUUAGAUACGACAACUAAGAAUAAGAGAGAUUGCUCUUUCGUUCAUGUGAAAUUUGAGAGGCCUAUUGAGGCCGAAUUUCUGGUGAUUAACUCUGAGGUGAAACAAACAUCUCAGCGGUCUCUCUUUGUUCACAAGAUAGUACGACUGCAUCUCCAAGACAACAACAAGUACAUAUUUUCAGACAAUCCGGAAUAUGUUGUGUAUGUGGUUAAUAGAAUGAGCGACGAGCAAACCGAGUUAACCCAAGUCCAUGUCAUCAAAGCAACGAACCUAAGCGAAAAGAGAGAUAAAUACAUGUACUACAAUCCAGCUAUUGAGACAAGAAAGUUGCUGAUGGACCGGCUAAAUGAAGACGUGACGGAUUACACAAACUUUAACACCAGUGACUCUGAAAGUGAUGACAAUGACAGUGAAGAUGAAGAUAUGUCCUUAUAA